AGGAUGGUGUAUUUAGUUCACAAGUCCUACCUAACAAAAUAAACACGUACCUACGUCACAUAAAACUGGUGAAUAUAUAUCACCGAACGAAUGCACAAAUAUGUAUCUAGCUCAUUCAAUUCAUCGUCCACGCCUUUUCAUUUCCUACCAAUCCACCAUUAUCCUCCUCCUCCCCUUGCUUUUUUAAGAUCAACUGAUGGCUUCUAAAAUGGUGAUGGUGGACGGAAUCCCAUUUCCACCCCAUCUCAAUUUGAACAAUAACCAGCUCUCACUCAUGGGUCACGGGAUUACUCAUGUUGAGAUCCAUUUCCUCCAAAUAAAGUACACAGCAAUUGGAGUUUAUUUGGACCCUGAAAUUGUGUCACAUUUAAGCCAAUUUAAGGGGAAAACACCAGCUGACCUCUCUCAAAAUGAGGACUUCUUUGAAGCUAUUAUUAAUGCCCCAGUGGAUAAAAUACUGAGAGUGGUGGUGAUAAAGGAAAUAAAAGGGUCACAGUAUGGGGUGCAGCUAGAGAGUGGAGUGAGGGACUUUUUGGCAGAGGCUGAUAAAUUUGAUGAGGAAGAGGAAGCUGCUCUUGAGAAAGUAGAAGCAUUUUUUCAGUCCAAAUAUCUCAAGACAAAUUCUGUCAUCACAUUUACUUUCCCAGCAGCUAACACUGCCUCAGCUAAGAUUGUGCUGACAACAGAGGAGAAGGAUGAGUCAGGCAUUGAAGUAGACAAUGCAAAUGUUGUUGAAAUGAUGAAGAAAUGGUAUUUGGGUGGAACCAGGGCGGUCUCUCCCAGCACAAUCUCCUCCUUGGUCAAUACACUCUCGGUCUAAUCUUUCAAGCAAGCUCCCAUGGCUGUAAUAACUAGUGAUUGUUUUUUACCAUUUCUUUUAUGCAAUUCAAUAAACUUCGUUUCCUUCUACAUUUGUAAACACAUGUUAUUUGAUUGAGUAAAUUUUGGCCUAUAUCAGUUGGUUUCUUGAUUCUCUUCCAUGCUCAUUUCAUUUCCACUUUAGUAUGGUUUCACAGGGUAUUUGUGUUUGCUUUCAC